GGCCGGGUGGGCCCCGGUCGCCCGGCGCGGGAAGACUGGCGCGCGGCGGGGCCGGGCGCGGGGGACAUCGUUCCCGGGCGCCUUGUGGCGGGCGCGCUCGCCCCGUCCUCCAGCCGGGGAUUCCGGGUUCUCUGGGCUCCCAGGCGCCGCGGGGAGGAGGGCGAGGACCAGCUCCGUGCGGAUCGAGGUUCCCACUGAAGCUAGAAUCCAGCCUCCUUGCCUGGUGCGGCGAUCCUCUGCCCUCGGUCCUCUGCCCUCCGUCCACCUGCCCUCUCCAGCAGGGGUCCCCUCUUACUUCUACAUGCUCCCCUCAGCCCAGAUGAGCUGCCUUUACCUGCGAUUCAGGCUCCCACCUGAUGCUCAGAACAGCCUCCCAGAAGCUGCCUCCAGUAGAGCCUUUGGGGCCACAUAGGCCUGAAUCCCAAUCAAGUCACAGGGGUUGGUGGAGUCUCUCUUUGGUGCAGACGUUCCGUUCCAGAGCCUUCGGUACAAGCUCGGACAGAUGAAAAGCUGUGUGUAAAGAACGAGCUUUCUGCAGAAGUGGAGAAUCCGGCCCGGCCUUCCCCAGUAGCCCUUCCCGGCUUCCCGUGGCCCCUCCUCCUGGGAACAAAGGACGAUGGAAAAGCCCGCGGGUGGAAGGAAGGCCCAGACCCCAGAGGAGGAAGUGCAUUCACUGAAGGACACACCCAAAGGAGAGAAAGCAUCGUCUGGGGAGGAAAGGCCAAGUAAGAGGUCCACGUUGGCAAAACACGGCAAGGAACCCAGCCCGAGUCCUGAGGAUGAGGAACAUUUGUUUGAUGCCUUCGAUGCUUCGUUUAAAGAUGACUUCGAGGGGGUUCCCGUGUUCAUUCCUUUUCAGAGAAAGAAGCCCUAUGGGUGCAGCGAGUGUGGACGCAUCUUUAAGCAUAAGACAGACCACCUCCGCCACCAGCGGGUUCACACUGGAGAGAAGCCCUUCAAAUGUGAUCGGUGUGGGAAGCUGUUCAGGCACAGCUCUGACGUCACCAAGCACCAGAGAAUCCACACCGGAGAGAAGCCCUUUAAAUGCAGUGAAUGUGGGAAGGCCUUUAACUGCAGUUCGAAUCUCCUAAAACAUCAGAAAACGCACACUGGGGAGAAGCCGUACGAAUGCAAGGAAUGUGGGAAAGCCUUCGCCUACAGCUCAUGUCUCAUUCGCCACCGGAAACGCCACCCGCGGAAGAAGCACUGAGCGUGGGGAAGCCGUCUGCCGAGAGUCAGCGUUCGCGCCCGUGAGGACCAUCCGGGGCGGGCCUGUCCCGCCGUCCCCCAUCCGACGUCUGAUGGAGGCCGGGGGCCCGCGGGCCGUGCGCUCAGUGCACCUGUGCUUGUGGGUCUCCACCACCGUCGGGACGGUCAGCCCAACCCGGUACACACGUGCUGGAGUGGGGUGCAGGCCAUCUCCAGGUCGAGACACCGUGAUAACAUGGGAGACGCGUGCAGCUGCGUCACCAGAGACGGAACUGGACCCCCUGGCCCAGCCCCCAACCCCGGGUGAGCAGCCCGACUCACCCAGAUGGACCACUCAGGACCUAGAUGCUGCCACCGUGGGAGAUUCCUGCCCUGGACGCGUGGUGGGGGCCCCAAGGAUGUGAGGGCAGCUUCGAGCCAGCCUGCAUCUGCCGUGGGGGUCUUCAGACAUGAGGCAGUGUGUGUGCCCUGCCCUCCGGGGAUCAGCUCUCCAGGGCCAGCAGCACAGAUCCCCAGAAAGGGAAUCGACAGGUGGAGACCAUUCUGGCAAAUCCCCUCCUCCUGGCCGUGCCGGAUAGGCGCCCCCACAGCCCAAGGACGGCAGGCUUGCCCCGGCCUCUCCAGCAGCAGGCAGAACUUUUGUGUGGGUGCCCAGAAAGCCACGUGCAGCGACGUUUAGCACGCGGACUGUCAGAAAAGUUGGAAAUAACUCAAAUGUGCAUCAACAGUGGGCAGACCCUCACCACCACCUGUGCAUCUCAGAAUGCUGAGUGAAGUCAGUCGGUCACAGGAGGUCAUUAUUAUAAAGCCAGAACUGAACAGCAUGUUGUUUGGAAAUAUCAGUGCAGUGAAACGAGACAGAGACGAAAGAACGGCUCACACCAAACUCAAGACAACGGCUCCUCGGGCAGGCGAGGCCACGUGGGCUUGGGUUUUUGGGUGGCAGCUAGUUCCUGAGCCGUGUGGAUGGAUUUCGCGGAAAUGUGACAUUGCAUUCGUAACAGUCCCU